AGAUUUUAUUGUUCAUGUUGUUGUUCCUACAUACAUAACUACAUUACUCAAUCUCUCUCUGCGCUUACAAGAGUGAUGACACUUCUCUUUCUAUCCUUGUAACGCCAAACCAACGCCAUCAUCAUCGAUUCUCUUAUAAGACUCUCUUUCACCCAUUCUUGUAAGCCAAUCACACCACCCUCUCGCUCUCGCUCUCGCUCUCGCUGCGAUUGGAUUGGGUGUGGUGUCAAAAUCGGUUAGGCUCACCCAACCCAACCCAGACGCAGAUGCAGACUCUGGGUUUCUUGUUGGCUCCUGUUCUUGGAUUUUACCACAGGUUCCUCCGAUUUUUUAUCCGCUUCAUUCUCCUCAUGUUCAUGGAUAUCCCUUCAACCUUCAACUUCCUCACCCAACUCACUGAACUCGGUUGCGGUUUUCUCCUCCUAGGUUACGUUUCGCGCAUCUUCAACAUCCUCGGUCUCCUUUUGAUCUUCCUCUCCUGUCUCCGCUUUCUCCGGUCUCCGAUCGGAAAACCGCUCAGAGACGAUACUCUCAAGGAGGAAACAGAAUAUAAUAAUAGUAAUAAUAAUAACAGCAAUAGCAGUAGUGGUAGUGGUUCCAGGGAGGAGAAUUUGGAGGACGAGGUGUUCGACGUAAUGUCGUUGAGGAGGAUGGUGAAGUCGGAGCGGCAACGGUUCAAUGCGGCGUGUGCGGAGAUUGAGAAGGAGAGAGGGGCAGCGGCCUCCGCGGCCGAGGAGGCGAUGGCGAUGAUACUGCGGCUGCAGAGCGAGAAGAGUGCGGUGGAGAUUCAGGCGACGCAGUUUCGGAGGAUGGUGGAGCAGAAACAGGAGUACGAUCUUGAAGUGAUUGAGUCGCUACAGUGGACGGUGGAGCAGGUGGAGUCACAGAAGAAUCUUCUCGAACGGCAGUUAGGGGUUUUGAGGGAGAGGCUCAGAGACUUCCUCAAUGAUCACGAGAUUCAGCAGCGGCUUCAGGAACAGGAAUGGGAACAUGAACAGGACCGGGAACGGGAACAAGAAAAUGAACAGGAACAAGAACUGGAACAUGAACAAGUGCAUGAACAAGACGCAGCCAGUGAUGUCGAUCUCGAUCUCGAUCUUCCCGUUGUUAACGAAGAUAUUGAUCGUGAUGAGGAUGCCGACAGUGGUAGCGGGUUCUUGAAUUUCUCUGUUGAAUAUAAUGAUUUUGAUGCGGCCUCGUCGCAAAAUCACUCUCCCUCACAAACACCCCUGCACUUGUAAGUUCACAUGAUGCACAUGGACAUGGUUGUUCAAUGAAAACAAAAGUGCCUUUUUUGCCUUUCAAAUGUAAAUUUUCUUUUAUAUAUUUCUUUGCUGUUUGUUUUAUCCACUUGUUUCAUUGACAGUGUUGGUGAAAUAGCUACACAGGAAUAUAGGUUCAAAGUUGGCUCA